AUGGCCGUGCGUCAGUGUGGGGCAGGGCGUGAGCGCAAAAUGGAUAAGGAUGGGGAGGAAUCAUUAUUGCAACUCCUGUCCGAACGGUUAAUCCCUUUUGUUGCACUUGAUGUUAGAAGUGAUCGGGUAGCAGUUGGGCGUGCACUUGACCUUCCAGUGUAUUUUGGGGAUGCUGGAAGCAGAGAGGUACUGCACAAAGUUGGAGCUGAAAGAGCUUGUGCUGCUGCAAUUACUUUGGAUACUCCUGGUGCAAACUACAGAGCUGUCUGGGCAUUGAGCAAAUAUUUCCCAAAUGUGAAGACAUUUGUUAGAGCACAUGAUGUUGAUCAUGGUGUUAAUUUGGAGAAAGCUGGUGCAAUGGCGGUUGUCCCUGAGACCUUGGAGCCAAGUCUUCAGCUAGCUGCUGCUGUUCUUGCACAGGCAAAACUUCCAAUGUCAGAGAUUCAGGAAACCAUCAGCGAGUUCCGGAAUCGUCAUCUGUCAGAGCUUACAGAGUUGUGUGCUACGACAGGAAGUUCUCUUGGCUACGGGUUUUCCAGAGUUACUUCCAAAUCGAAGUCUUCCGAUGAUGAAAGCGAAACAGUGGAUGGUGCACUAGCAAUUUGA